CGACGCACGGGGCAAAGCGUACUUUCGGGCGAAUAUUCAGUCCACGACUGUCUCUCAUCUGUGACAGACGGACAGCCAUGAACACUAUAUAAAUAUACACCUUCGGGUUAGUGUAAUUGUGAUCGUGAUUUUCUUGUCGACUGUCUGUGCGGUACUUUAUUCAGUGCUUUGUGUUUUGAGUGUACAUUCGCGGAAAUCAUAAUGUGGCCACCGAGACUGUUACGGUGGACAGUCACCCUUCUUCUUCUAGUUGCCGUCAUAGCUCCCACCACAGAUUCAUCUAAUGUCCGCAGAAGAUUACGUAAGCCAAGCAAAGUCAACACAUCUGUAACCAGCAGUGUCUCCAGGUCAUCAGACCAGGUCAUAUCGGCUAGUGUAAACAGACCAAAGAUCCGUGGGAGACCGAUUGUCGCCAGCAGAAAGUCUUCUGCCGCGCUUGACAACUCCGUUGCCACCGAUGACCAUCGUGAUAAAGAUGGAUAUAAGGUGGUCUGUUACUACACCAACUGGUCGCAGUAUCGUACGAAGCUCGGCAAAUUCACACCAGAAGACAUUCAGCCAGACCUCUGCACCCACGUGAUCUUCGCCUUCGGAUGGAUGAAGAAGGGGAAACUCAGUUCUUUCGAAUCAAACGAUGAGACUAAAGAUGGAAAGACUGGAUUGUAUGAUAGGAUUAAUGCUCUCAAGAAGGCUAAUCCAAAACUUAAGACUUUGCUUGCUAUUGGUGGCUGGUCCUUUGGUACUCAGAAAUUCAAGGAGAUGUCUGCGACCCGGUACUCCAGGCAGACGUUCAUCUACUCAGCUAUCCCGUACCUCCGGGACAGGAACUUCGAUGGGCUGGACGUGGACUGGGAGUACCCCAAGGGUAGUGACGACAAGAAGAACUUUGUGCUGUUCUUAAAAGAGCUUAGAGAAGCCUUCGAAGCUGAAGCUCAGGAGGUGAAGAAGCCACGAUUGCUGCUUACUGCUGCUGUACCAGUCGGCCCCGACAACAUUAAGAGUGGAUACGAUGUUCCUGCUGUUGCUAGCUAUCUGGACUUCAUCAACGUCAUGGCUUACGAUUUCCACGGCAAGUGGGAGAAGGAGACUGGUCACAACGCACCACUGUAUUCUCCAUCAUCAGACUCUGAGUGGAGAAAGCAACUCUCUGUGGACCACGCGUCUCAUCUAUGGGUCAAAUUGGGAGCUCCUAAGGAAAAACUAAUUAUCGGUAUGCCAACGUACGGGCGCACUUUCACUUUGUCAAAUGUCAACAACUUCAAAGUGAAUUCUCCGGCGAGUGGGGGAGGCAAGGCUGGCGAAUACACAAAGGAAGGAGGCUUCCUCGCAUACUAUGAGAUUUGUGAAAUACUACAAAACGGUGGAGCAUACGUUUGGGAUGACGAGAUGAAAGUCCCAUAUGCGGUACACGGAGACCAAUGGAUCGGAUUUGAUGAUGAGAAAUCUAUUAGAAAUAAAAUGAGAUGGAUCAAGGAUAAUGGAUUCGGUGGAGCCAUGGUGUGGACUGUUGACAUGGAUGACUUUAGUGGAACUGUCUGCGGUGGUAAUGUCAAGUACCCUCUCAUUGGAGCAAUGAGGGAAGAACUCCGUGGUAUCUCUCGUGGUAAAGACGCGAAAGACGUAGACUGGUCUACUGUAGCAGCCAGCAUCGUUGAAGAAGAAACAGAGAAACCGGAACCGAUUAAGAUCAGCCUAUCAGAUGUCCUUAGCAAGGUGAAGAAGCCUACUAAGACUAUCAGAGUCAAGACCAACAAUGCAGCGAUCCUUGAUAAAAACAAGCGUGAACCCCAAAUUUUGUGUUACCUCACUUCGUGGUCAUCAAAACGCCCCAGCGCUGGUCGCUUUAUGCCAGAGAACGUAGACCCAACUCUAUGUACACACGUUAUCUAUGCUUUCGCAACUCUAAAAGAUCAUAAGCUGACAGAAGGUGAUGAAAAAGAUGCCGACAUGUACGAUAAAGUAGUUGGACUGAGAGAGAAAAAUCCUAAUUUGAAAAUCCUUCUCGCCAUCGGGGGAUGGGCGUUCGGAUCCACACCUUUCAAAGAACUCACCUCCAACGUAUUCAGGAUGAACCAGUUUGUGUAUGAAGCUAUUGAAUUCCUGAGGGAUUAUCAAUUCAACGGCCUUGAUAUUGACUGGGAGUACCCAAGAGGUGCCGACGACCGCGCAGCAUUCGUCUCCCUCCUUAAAGAAUUACGUCUAGCAUUUGAAGGUGAAGCGAAAUCUUCAGGUCAACCGCGUCUUCUACUCACAGCAGCUGUUCCAGCUUCUUUCGAAGCUAUUGCAGCCGGUUAUGAUGUACCGGAAAUAUCUAAAUACUUGGAUUUCAUCAACGUUAUGACAUAUGACUUCCAUGGACAGUGGGAAAGACAAGUUGGUCACAAUAGUCCACUCUUCCCCCUCGAGAGCGCUACCAGCUACCAGAAGAAACUUACUGUGGACUAUUCUGCGCGUGAGUGGGUCCGACAAGGUGCACCAAAGGAGAAGCUGAUGAUUGGUAUGCCAACGUAUGGAAGAUCAUUCACUCUCAUCAAUGAAACACAAUUCGAUAUCGGUGCGCCUGCGUCUGGUGGAGGUCAAACCGGAAGAUUCACAAAUGAAGCUGGUUUCAUGUCUUAUUACGAGAUCUGUGACUUCCUUCGAGAGGAUAAUACUACUCUUGUCUGGGACAAUGAACAGAUGGUGCCAUUCGCAUACAGAGAUGAUCAGUGGGUGGGCUUUGAUGACGAGAGAUCACUAAAGACAAAGAUGGCAUGGCUUAAAGAAGAAGGCUUCGGUGGAAUCAUGGUCUGGUCUAUCGAUAUGGACGACUUCAGGGGGUCAUGUGGCACCGGAAAGUAUCCUCUCAUUACAGCCAUGAAACAGGAACUGGCUGAAUACAAAGUAAAAUUGGAGUAUGAUGGACCAUAUGAAAGUUCAGUGGGAAGUGGACAGUAUACUACUAAAGAUCCCAACGAAGUGACAUGCGAAGAAGAAGAUGGCCACAUCUCAUAUCACCCAGACAAAGCGGAUUGUACAAGGUACUACAUGUGCGAGGGAGAGAGGAAACACCACAUGCCAUGCCCCUCUAACCUCGUAUUCAAUCCCAACGAGAACGUCUGUGAUUGGCCAGAAAACGUCGAAGGUUGCCAGCAUCACACACAAGCGCCGGCUGCUAGAAGAUAAGGAAACUAGUAGAAAUAGGAAAGUAGAACUUAUUUCAUGAAUUUAAAUGUCAUUUGUAGAAAGUAGAUGUCUUAAUUAAAAUUUUAUUAUAACAAAAACUGCCGCAAUCCUUGGCGUGGCAAAGUAUUGUUAAAAUUGUUUUAGAUGUCAUAGGACUUGGGUUCCUAUGACAUCUAAAACAAUUUUAACAUUAGGCGUUUUUUUAAUUUAUUAUUCAUUCAUUCAUUAUUAAGGCGUUUUAAACGGGGUCGUAUAUUUUUUCUCAUAAAGAACUGAAUGUCUUACGUUGCAGCGUUUGUAAUGGCGGCUAAAUUUAAUAAUUAAUACACAAAAAAAUGAUUACGUCACUUUCUACAAAUGCACUGUUCUUCCACCUUAAAAUUAAAUAUUUAUUAAUGACGGAUUUUAUGACAGUUCGUGUGAUAUUGUAUAUUUUUUACUUGAGUUUUGUACUUAUUUUUUUUAGUAUCGUAAACUUAGGCAAAUUCGACUAUUAAGUUUACUUUUAGUACAUUGUAAUGUAUAGUGUUUCCACAUGUCUAAUGUAAGGGAAUUAAUAAAAAUAAUAUUUUAUAUAAAUCGUCAGAUGAAAUAUUAAAUAAUGCAAAAUUGGACUAUUUACAAAUGUAAAAGUUAAUUGGAUAUAUUUGUAUUAAUGAUAAAAACUAACUCAGUUGACAACUUGACUAUCGAAAAAAUUUUGGUUUUUUGAAACGUUAAAAGAAGUAGUAUAAAAUUACACGAAAAUAUAUGUUGAAGCAAUAUUUCUUUUAAAUUAUAUAUGUAAAUUAUUUAGAAUUAAAGCAUAUGUGUAUAAAAUUUCUCGUUACUGUAAGUUAGAUUUUACGUUUUUCUAAAUAAUUCCUUAUAGGGUAGAAAUCCCUUCAAUACUCGAAUCAGCUAAAAUACUGCCUAACCUAAUAUAACAGUGACUCGACAUUCUUAAUCUAAGUAGGCGAAUAACUAAGAUUUGUAAAUAUUGUAUUUAGGUAAGCGUAUUUUAAAUAAAAUUUUAAAAUUA